CUCAUCAGUUUGAAAACUGAAGAACAAUGUCAGGACGUGGCCGUGGACGUGGCCGUGGUGGAAGAGGCCAACCUCGCCAUGACCGUCCCUCACCGUCGCCGGCAUCAUCUUCUGGUGGCCGCGGUGGUAACCACCACAUACCACCACCGGCAUCAUCUCAGUUUCCAGCUCUUUCCUCUCCGACUCCACCAUUGGCUUCAUCUUCGGCUUCUUUGAGCCGCGACAUGCAACUGAAACUGACUCUUCAAUCUCCGGCUCCGGCUCAGCUUACGCUUCCUCCGGUGGUUCAAACGCCGCCUCCGCCGCAGUCUGUGAAGGAAGCAGUGCAGCCACCUCCUGCGUCGUCGAAGGCGGUUCGGCUUCCGGCGCGUCCGGGGUUCGGUACAGCCGGCCAAAAAUGCGUUGUUAGAGCGAAUCACUUUAUGGUUCAAGUCGCUGAGAGAGAUCUACAUCACUACGACGUAUCAAUCACACCUGAGGUUAUUUCCAAAAAACUCCAUCGGGAAAUCAUUAACAAGCUUGUUGAAUUGUACCGUGAGUCACAUUUGGGCAAGCGACAGCUAGCUUAUGAUGGAAGGAAGAGUGUCUACACUGCUGGGCCUUUGCCUUUUUCUUCCAAGGACUUUGUCAUCAAGCUCGUCGACCAAGAUAGAGGAGCAAGGAAGGAUCGUGAAUUUAAGGUCUCAAUCAAAUUUGCUGCUAAACCUGACAUACAUCAUCUUCAAGAAUUCAUGCGUGGUAGACAACUUGAUACCCCACAAGAAACUAUACAAGUUCUUGAUGUGGUUUUAAGGGCAACACUAUCGAUGAAUAAUGCAGUUGUGGGAAGGUCAUUCUUCUCUCCAAGCUUUGGUGUAGGUGACCUUGGAAAUGGAUUUCAAUAUUGGAAAGGAUUCUAUCAAAGUCUUCGUCCUAUUCAGAUGGGCCUCUCCCUUAAUAUUGAUAUGUCAGCCAGAGCAUUCUACGAACCCAUUCUUGUUACUGACUUUGUUGCAAAGUAUUUCAAUGUUAAGGAUCUGACAAGGCCUCUAUCCGAUCAAGAUUGUCUUAAGGUCAAGAGAGCUCUCAGAGGCAUUAAGGUUGAACUUGCUCACAGGAAGCAUGUUCAGUGCCGUAGAAUUUCAGGCUUGUCAGUUCGACCAACCAAUCAGUUAACGUUCCCUCUUGAUGACACUGGUGAAAAGAUGUCAGUUGUUGAGUACUUUCGUCAGAAAUACAAUAUUAUACUUGAAUAUGCAUUCUUGCCUGCACUUGUAGCUGGAAGUGAUGCCAAACCUGUUUAUCUGCCCAUGGAGAUUUGCAAGAUUGCUGAAGGGCAAAGGUACUCUAAAAAGUUGAAUGAGAAGCAGGUGAGUGCCCUGUUAAAGGCAACCUGUCAACGUCCUGAUGUAAGAGAGGGCAGUAUUAAGCAGAUCGUUCGCCAUAAUAAUUACAACAACGAUAAGCUUGUGAAUGAAGAAUUUGGUAUUCAAGUGAGGGCUGAACUUGCAUCUGUUGAUGCACGAGUUCUCCCACCUCCAAGGCUCAAGUAUCAUGAUACUGGGAGAGAGACACAGGUUGAUCCAAGGGUCGGUGUAUGGAACAUGAUUGACAAGAUUGAUGUGGUUCUUUUUUUUCCCGUGGGUUGGAUGCAUCAAGAAAAAAUGACAAUACAUUGUACAAAUCUUGUCUGUAUGAAAAUGGUUAAUGGUGGCAAGGUGGAAUUCUGGACAUGCAUCAGCUUUUCACGAUCUAGAAUUAAUUUGGACCAGUUCUGCCGUGAAUUGAUUUCUAUGUGUCGUAGUAAAGGGAUGGAUUUCAAUGAGCCUUUCCUUCCUAUUAAAUCAGCAUAUCCUGGUCAAAUUGAGAAGGAUCUCCAUGAUAUUCAUGCCCAUUCUACUGAAAAAUUAGCAAACAUGGGAUUGACAGGGAAGCAACUUCAGUUGUUAAUCAUUGUUUUGCCUGAUGUCAGCGGGUCAUAUGGAAAGAUCAAAAGAGUGUGUGAAACAGAGUUGGGCAUUGUCUCACAAUGCUGUCAACCUAGGCAAGCACAAAAGAAUAAUAAUAAACAGUAUCUAGAAAAUUUGUCUCUCAAGAUAAAUGUGAAGGUUGGGGGUCGAAACACUGUGUUGAUGAGCGCUAUUGAAAGAAGAAUCCCGUUUGUGACUGAUCGCCCUACAAUCAUCUUUGGAGCUGAUGUAACUCAUUCUCAACCUGGGGAUGACGCAAGCCCACCCAUUGCUGCGGUGGUUGCUUCAAUGGAUUGGCCUGAGGUAACGAAGUACAGAGGACUGGUUUCUGCACAAGGACACAAGGAAGAAAUCAUCCAGGAUCUCUAUAAAACAUAUCGGGAUCCUCAAAGGGGCACCGUUCAUUGUGGAAUGAUUAGGGAGCUGUUAAUAGCUUUCAAGACAUCAACUGGGCAGAAGCCUCAUAGAAUUAUAUUCUACAGAGAUGGUGUUAGCGAAGGUCAAUUCAACCAAGUUUUGCUCCACGAAAUGGAUGCAAUCCGAAAGGCUUGUGUUUCGUUAGAGGAACACUAUCUGCCACGUGUAACCUUUGUUGUGGUGCAAAAGAGACACCACACACGCCUUUUCCCUGCAGAUCAUAGUGAUCGUCGUUCAACAGAUAGGAGUGGCAACAUUCUGCCAGGUACGGUUGUGGACACCCACAUUUGCCACCCUAAUGAAUUUGACUUUUACCUAUGUAGCCAUGCCGGAAUUCAGGGCACAAGCCGUCCUACACACUAUCACGUGCUGUACGAUGAGAACCAAUUCAGUGCUGAUGCCUUGCAAACACUGACAAACAGUUUGUGUUACACCUACGCAAGGUGCACUAGAUCUGUUUCCAUAGUGCCUCCCGCUUACUAUGCCCAUUUGGCUGCCUUUCGUGCUCGCUUCUAUAUCGAGGGAGAUACUUCUGAAAAUGAAUCAACUAGCGGUGGAAGGAAUACAAGGGAGAGGAGUAUAGAGGUCCGACCACUACCUGCGAUCAAAGCAAACGUCAAAGAUGUUAUGUUUUACUGCUAAGUAGUAGCUAACUGCCUGUGUUUUGUUUUAUACAUUAGUGUUUUUGUGGCCGACAAGUAGAAUUCAUGCUUUCGACUUGAAUGCGUAGCUCGUAGGUUUUUAUUUUUUGGUGCUGGCCAGUUUCUUUUUGGCGCGGAUAUUUUUUUGUGUGCUGCUGGCCAGAUUAUGAUAUUUUGCUUAGUGCUGGUAAUGUAUGAACUUUUAUAUUUGAAUUGGCAAAGGAUUGUUCAUGUU